UGAUUUCUUCUUCAAAUAAUAAACAGCAACUGAAGGUGGACUCACUGUCGGCUUUGUGUGUGCUGUAGUGUGCCAGAAGAAGCUGAAAAGAAUUGUGGCCGAUCAUCGACCUUCGAGGAGUGAUUAAAAAAACAACAACAGUAAACAACUUGCAUCUAGUCGCUAUGGGACAUCACAGAAGAGUGAUGACUGACAUGGAAUGCCCCGAUGGACAGGGGGAGCUUCGGCUAACAGCGAGAUUUCGAGAAUCAAAUUUAGGGGACUGCUGGCUCGAUAUCGACGUGCACCCUUCUAAACCAUGGUUUCUUUUCAUACGUAGUCAGAGGACGCUCCAAAUCUGGAACUAUAAAGAUGGCACUCUGAAGGUGAAGUUAAAUCACAGCGGAGGAGGCUCGAGAUAUUUGGCUGCGAAGUUCGUAGGCAAGAAUGACUGGGUGGCCGUGAGCCAUUUCACAGGAUGGGGUUAUAACAUUAUUAUCUAUCAAAUCGUCAGGAUAAAGGCUCAAAACCUUGACUCAGAUAUGUGGGCGGUUAACAAGGUUAAGUAUGUACAAGUCGAGAAGAAAUCAUCCAGGUCCAGCCAGCUGCAUGUUAACCCAUUGAGUUCGUACCCGCUGGCCGUGAGUCCGAGUUCGCGAUAUAUCUUGACUACAGGGAAGUCCUCCAUCUACAUGUUGGACUUGCACCAGUCUUGUACCGAACCUAUCUUCAUUGACAAAUGUGGCAUAACCCAGCUGUCAUUCCAUCCUAGGCAAUUGCACAUUUUUGCAGCUGGCGGCUGCAGCGGGGAGAUCAGGCUUUUUGACAGUGGACAGCGGUCUGCUCUCCAGACUGCCCAAGCCGGAAAAGUGUUCAUCACUUCUUUACAAUUCGACGGCGACCGGCAAAAGACACUUCUCAUCGCCGGUAACAACCGUGACAAAGUGCAGAUCUGGGAUUACAAGAGCAAGGCAUGCGUUGUUGUGCUUGAGCGAAGCGUCCGUGCAGCAAAAUGUUGUAAUGCGCUUGCCCUGUUCCAUCCUCAGUGGCCGUAUGUACUCAGUGCAUCCGAGGACGGAACCUUAUGGAUCUGGAACAAGUCAAACUAUAAACUACUGCUCUCUUUUCACACUGGCGUAAGGAAACUCCGGAGCAUGGCGGUCUGUAGGAACUCUAACGAGCUUCUUCUGGGCGGUGAAGGCGCGUUCCUCGUCGUGGAGGCAGAUCAACUCAUGCUUCGCCCUGAGAAGAAAAUCAAGACGGGAGAAGGAGACGUGUAUGGGAGAAACAACGCAGACAAGCAGAUAACCACCCCCGAAUCCAAAGAGGCAGUGCGCGACCAAAAGGCGGAGAAGAAAGAGGCAGAAAGGGUACUACAGCCGCCGCUUGAGGUUGAACCGAGCAAUGUGGCGGUCGUGGGUAUGGAUGCGGCGAGAGAGAGAUCAGAUCGGUCAGGACCAGGGCCUGAACAUUUCGAGCGGAGGGACGCGGGUAGCAUUCUGCGGUUUGAGAGUGACUUGUUUGAUCAUCGGAUGGAGGAAGCUGCGGCGACGGACGACGGAAUAUGCCUGCACUCUGAAUUGGCAAACACGGUUAACAAGCUCGAGAGUGAUGCAAACACUUGGAUGGACAAUAUGCUGAUGCUGGGAGACAGAUCGAAACGGUCUGGAUCGGAUAAUGCAAAAGAGGAGCGAAGGGAUGGAGGUACCGUCAAGCUGUGUGCCACUCAGGCGAGCAACGUGAUGGUGGGCGAGAGAGAAGUGCUGGAAGAGAUAUCAUUAGUGUCAUCCGGAUCAGAAAAUGAUGAAACAAACAAACGGAUGUGUGCGAACGAGGUCUGCAAUCUGGAGGCUGCUUUGCACCAUACGCCAUCGAAGGAAAAUGUGUCGAAACUUGUGAGAAAGAAUUUCAAGCGAUCCCCACCAGAAUUGCAUCAAGAAAACAAGCGAAUGCAGAUGCAGGAAGACACUCUGACAGCGGAUCAUCCUGUCAAGGACAAGGAGGUCGUAACUGAUAAGAUAAGUGAUCUCAAAGCAGGGAGAGAGGUCCUGGAAGCGAAAUCUGAGCGUUACGGAAGAGAUUAUGACGACCGAGCAAGUCAUGAUGCAGAGAGGAUCAAGGAGCUCGAGAAGGAGGUUAGCGAUCUGAUGGCAGAGAAGGCGGAAUUGAACGAGAGGUUUGAGAGGUCCGCAUCAGAGCACGAUAAAAAUGAACAAACACAUGCAGAGAAGAUAAGGCAGCUUGAGAGCGAGGUAAGUAAUCUGGUAGCAGAGAGGGAGGCUCUGAGGGAAAGAUCUGAGCAAUGUGGAUCAGAUCCCCGAGAGAGAGAACGCGUCAAUGCCAAUAGCAUCGACCGGCUCGAUGCUGAGAGAUCAGAAGAAAGAUCUGAGAAAUCGGUGUUCAGAAUUCAAGAAUUGGACAAGGAGGUAGCUAGUCUGACAGCGGAGAGAUCGGCUUUGACACAACGAGUCGAGAGAUUGACGGUCAAAGUUCACGAAUUGGGACGCAGAUUGCAGAGCGAGUGCAAUGCACGGCAAAGGCUGGAGAAGUGUGCUGAACUGCGGCAGGCUGGGAAUCAGGAAAAAAAAGAGGGUGACGACCGAUUCCCCUUGGAGUUUUCCUUCACCGAGCUACAGGCUGCAACCGGCAACUUCAACGAUAGCUGCAAGGUUCAGGAAAGAUCUUACGGUGUGGUUUACGAGGGAAAGAUCACACCUGUUUUGAUAAAGACAUUCAAGGCUGGUGAGAAGAUGUGGAGUCAGGAUGCCAAGUCGACGAGGGAGAUGAUUCAGAAGUUGAAGUCUCUUCGACACCCAAACUUGCAGACCCUCCUGGGAGUGUGCUACGAGGGAAACUGCCUCCUAGUGUACGAGCACAUGGCCAAUGGUAGUCUCAAAGACCGAAUCUCGUGUGCUGCACAAGGGCCAAUGAAGGGGGGGGGCGGAUUCCUAGUCCUGUCUUGGCAUGUACGUCUCUGGGUUCUGGCGGAGGUGGCUGAGGCCCUAUUCUUCCUUCACUCCACUCAGUUAGUCGAUGGUGGUGGUCCGGUCAUCCACCGUGCCAUCAAUCCAGAAAACAUCUUUCUGGAUAACAAAUUAUCAGCUAAAAUCGGCGAGGUUGAUGCGGCUUUGCUUGCCCCAUCAAAAGCAUCGAGAAGGUGCUUAUCCCCGGAUGCUAACAUGCAGUACCUGGCGCCAGAAUCUUGUCGCAGUAGAGUCUUUGACGAGAAGACCGACAUUUACUCUUUUGGCAUCACAAUGCUGGAGACGCUAACCGGAAACUUUCAGGAUGCGGUCGGAACCAUCGAAAAUGCCGUGAAAGAUGCUUCCGUUUUUCCAAGUGCUUUGGAUGCAAAGGCAGGAGUUUGGGACGUUGAUCUGGCACUGCAGGUGGCACAGUUGGGGCUGCGCUGUGCAAAUUUGGACAGAAGCAAUCGGCCAAGCAUGGCGGAUGGUGAAGGGGCGAUUCUACCAACACUCAAUGCAAUCGCUAGCAAAGUGAAACUCGCAAUCAGCCAAAGAUGACGAUGGAAGAAGGCGAAGUUAAUCCCCUGUUCUCAGGGCAAUCAAUGCUGGCAGAAUGA